AUUUCGAUUUUGAAUAUACGUGAGUACUCGUAUUCAAGUGAUCUGUGGACGUGAUGAUAAAAAGAAAAUAAGCAAAAUAUACAAAUACAUGCGACCAUAAUCGUGUGAUAGUUCAUUCGCAACGAAAUUUUCGCAAAUCGCAAAAGGAACGUCGGACAAAUGUUCAAAUUUGUUGCUAAAAAGUUUGUUGUUUGUCUUGUGUACGUAAUGCAUGUGUAUAAUUUGUGUUGAUUGUAUCGCAAGUUUUUGAUUACGAUUCAAUCAUUUUUUUACAACGCAUAAACGCAAUAUUAGUGCAGGUCUUAUAGAAUAUUCUUCAGCCCGCAACUGUUUACUAACCACAAAAAUAGGAUAUUUUUCAAUCUUUUCGGAACGGAAAGAGCGAAAUAUUCGUUUUGGCAUGUGUGUGUGUGCAGUCGAAAAUUUCAAUAUAUUCCAUUUGUCCUUUCGUCGUGGUUUUGUUUUUAGAUGUUUCUUUCUAUUUCGCCAAAGGCAAAGUGAUUGAAGCGCUGAGAUGUAGAUUUGAAAAAUUUUAUAAUUCAUAAUAAUUUUUCUCAUCGCUUGAUAUCUAUCAAUUAACAGUCCUAUUCCGUGUGCUAAGUGCAUAGUCGACGAAAGCACUGCAGAAAAGUGCAAAUCAAAAUAUGAAAAACAAUUGAAAGUGAUUUGUUGACAUUUCAUAAACGUAACUAAAAAAAAUAAGCUACAAAAACAACAUGACGAAGAAAAAACUUCAAGAGUAAGAAGAAAGUUGAAGAAAAAAAAAUUACACAUCAAUUCGGGCAAAUAAGAGGGCACAGGAAUAGCGUUGACAACAACAACAAUAAUAAAAACAACAGCAAAUAAAUACUGACUGUGAUUGCGUUUUAGUGUACCGAAUUAAACCAAGUAACAGAACAAUUUAAAUGAUUGUACUGGUUGGUUCAGAGAAAACAAACUAUGACACAGCGUGAACGUGACACCAUAAUACAUUUAAUUGCGGGCGGAUUUGCUGGUACGAUUGGAGCCAUAGUUACUUGUCCUUUGGAAGUAGUAAAGACACGAUUACAAAGCUCUUCGUCACCAUUCUAUCCGUCGCCCGUAUUAGAUGCUGCCAAUAAAGUGAAUACGAACGGUGCGCAACUUAAAGGGACAACUCAAAAUCGAGACAUAUGCACAUCCAUCCUACGAAAGCGUUCACAAAUUUUAACCAUAUCACAUUGCGGAAUUUCUUCCAGUUCACAGUCGAUUAGUAUUUGGCAAUGUUUGAAAUAUAUCGUUAAUACAGAAGGUUCUCGGGCCUUAUUCAAAGGACUAGGACCAAAUAUUGUUGGGGUAGCCCCAUCGCGAGCGAUUUACUUUUGUGCCUAUUCACAAACGAAAACUUCACUCAGCACAAUACAAAAUCUAUCAGUCGAUUCUCCAAUCGUCCAUAUUUUGAGUGCUUCUUGUGCUGGUUUUGCUGCCUCAACUGCAACGAAUCCAAUAUGGUUUGUAAAAACUCGACUUCAGCUCGAUCACAGUUCGAAAGUAAAAAUGACUGUCACAGAAUGCGUGAAAAAGAUAUACCAAACUUCAGGCAUCAUUGGAUUUUACAAGGGUAUCACAGCUAGCUAUGUCGGCAUAUCAGAAACUGUAAUUCAUUUUGUAAUUUAUGAAGCAAUUAAAGCAAAAAUAAAUGAUUUGCGACGAACACACCCGGCCGAUGGCAAAACCUCUAGAGAUUUUAUAGAAUUUAUGGGAGCCGGUGCUGUGUCAAAAACUGUAGCUUCGUGCAUUGCCUAUCCGCAUGAGGUUGCACGAACCCGACUACGUGAAGAAGGCAAUAAAUACCGUUCUUUUUGGCAGACGCUGUUUUUGGUUUGGCGCGAAGAAGGCAAGGCUGGCCUAUAUCGAGGUCUUGCCACGCAACUAGUUCGUCAAAUACCUAACACAGCCAUAAUGAUGUCAACUUACGAGGCUGUCGUGUACAUAUUAACUAGACACUUUAAUAAUGAAUUUUACGAUGCAACCUAAAGAGAUGUUGGCGGAAAUUUCAAAUUUCUUCUUGUUAAAGAUGAACUAUGCCAAUCAUUUAAAUUGUUAGAUAUUUUUGUGUGUACUUCCAGUCACAUACAUGAUUCGGAGACCAAAAAAACUACGAAUUGUAAUUUAUUUUGGGCGAGUCAAUUUCCUUCGAAACAAUUUAGUCAAUUCCACCUCUUGCUGAUAGCCGUUUAAAAAAAAUAGUUUUCAGAAUCAUACAAUAAACCAGCGCAAGUGGGGUAGAUUCAGUAAAAUAUAAAAGAAAAUGCAUGUUGAAUUUUGACGUAAACCAACCGAAAGUCGCUCGUUACAUUUCUAACUUUGCACAAACUAUAUUUUAUUCUAAUUGUUUGAUGAGCCAAAUAAUAAUGAGCGAAACGCUAUUUGAACAAGCUUUUGGUCCGAUUAUAGCGGAAACCGACACACUCACACACAAAUUUAUUUUUAAUAAGUAUUAAAAAAAUUGCUUGAAAUUUAAAGUUGAAUAAAAUUUAAAUAAAAAAUCGAAAUCUUGAAA